AUGCAGCAAGACGUCCUUGCGGGCAUCGAUGGACGGGGAGAACCUCCUGGCAACAAGAUGUUUCCGCAGUGCGGCUUCUCCAACAGCGCUGUUCAGGUACUCCGGGCGUGUGACGUAGAGUUCGAAACGUACGACGUGCUCACCAACCCUGGGGUGCGCGAGGCAGUCAAGGAGUUCUCCAGCUGGCCGACAAUCCCGCAGCUGUACAUCGACGGAGAGUUCACCGGGGGCGCGGACAUCAUGAUCGAGUCUUUCCAGUCUGGAGAACUCAAGAAGACCCUCGAAGACGCAGGGUGCACGUUCGUACCAUCAGAGUAAAUUCGCUCUGCUGUCUAUGAUACGUCGCGUUUCGAAAGCGUUGUGAUGAGAAUAUUCAUUGUGUAGCCCAAUCAGUUAUUGCAAGGCGGCAGGGGAAACGAAUGGAAAAUUUGAACCCGUUUUGUACAUGUCUUGAACUAGGUUGUACGGUGGGCCAGCUAUCAACAAUCGAGAUUUAGGGGGUUUGGUUCUCCCUGUUUCGCAGAAGACACACAUAGCGGCAUGAAAUAUUUAGUGUAAAAACGUGUUGAAAAAGCAUGUAGCGGGCGGGCGGUCAUGACUAUGAUUUUGGUUUUGCCGGCCCGGCGAACUCAAUUUGAUGAUGAGUAAUGUGAGGACGCGCGAAUUUUUGCGUUUGAACAACGGGAUGCAGGAAGCUCCAAGUUGCGCAACUGAAUACUCUCCCGAAGGUUAUUGAAAAUCGGGGCUGGUGCGUUUUUUUUAAUGAGGCGUGAUCACCAUUGCCAGUGAAGACUUUGGGGGAAGCCGAAUAAUACAGACACCUGGGUGAUGAAAUUGCUUCGUGGCCCGUAUUAAGCUCUGAAAUUUUGAACCGGCCGUACGCGAGGUUGAUACCCGGCCACACGUCGGAAGUCCAGCCACCGCUGUGGGCAUUCACCCACGAGGCAUGGCACUGGUGGUCUGGUUUUUUUCCAACCCUUUCUCCAUCAGUCUUCGCUUUUUGGCCGAUCGGUCGGAGAUGAUUGCCAGCACACCGCUCUCGGCCAUGAUUACAUGGCGCGAGCUUCCUUGUGCCGGUCCGGUGAGGCAAUGCGAGAGGGGGGGGGAUCCAGGCAGCGAAUGCAAGUUGACAACGCAGUG